AAUGAAGAACAACAAUAACUGAGAGUAAGUAAACAAUGGUAAAGACGACAACCACUUUUGGGUGGUUCGAUUGGUUCUGGUCCUAAAAGGUGUUCUCGUUCUUGUGGACUAUCUUCUGGGAUUUGCAGGAAGAAAAAAAUGCUCUCUUCUCCGCAUCUCUCCCAGCCAAUGAAUGGACUCAAAGACAUCGUGGAGACACGAAACUUUAAGGCAUGGCUCUUAGAUCAGUAUGGAGUCCUUCACGAUGGCAAACAACCUUACCCCGGCGCAAUCUCAACUUUAAAGAAUCUAGCAACGGUAGGUGCCAAGAUCGUGAUCAUAAGCAACUCCUCCAGACGUGCUUCAACCACAAUGGAAAAGCUCAAAGGCCUUGGCUUUGAUCCUUCUUUCUUCACUGGAGCUAUAACCAGUGGUGAACUAACCCAUCAAUCUUUACAAAGGAGAGAUGAUCCUUGGUUCGCUGCACUAGGAAGGCGUUGUAUUCACAUUACUUGGAAAGAUCGGGGAGCAAUCUCUUUAGAGGGUCUAGAUCUAAACGUUGUGGACAAUGUGGAAGAAGCUGAGUUUGUUCUAGCGCACGGCACUGAAGCCAUAGGACUUUCUUCAGGAGGUGUAUCUCCCACGCCUCUCGACGAGCUUGAGAAGAUCUUGGAGAAAUCCGCAGCUCGAAGACUCCCCAUGAUCGUUGCCAAUCCAGAUUACGUGACCGUGGAAGCAAACGUUUUCCACAUCAUGCCGGGUACACUAGCUGCCAAGUAUGAAGAACUUGGAGGAGAAGUGAAAUGGAUGGGGAAGCCUCACAAGAUGAUCUAUGAGUCUGCUAUGGCGAUUGCGGGAGUUGAUAAUCCGGAGGAGGCUAUUGCAGUGGGAGACUCGCUUCACCAUGAUAUAAAGGGAGCUAAUGUUGCGGGGAUUGAAUCGGUGUUUAUCACUGGUGGGAUUCAUGGUAGUGAGCUUGGUCUCACUUCUUUUGAUGAAACUGCGAGUUUAGACUCGGUUAAGACCCUUACUGCUAAACACAAUGCGUUCCCUUCAUAUGUAUUGUCUGCGUUUAAGUGGUAGUGUUCAUUGUACAAAUCAUGUUAUUUGCUUCUUCAUCUAGACUUUACCUUCAUUUAAACUCUUGAGAAAGCAGUUCACUGUUUAUGAAAGUAAAGACUUAUUGCUAUGUGAAUGAGAGUAAGAUACAGAGCUUUCGUUUC